AUCACUUAUGAAAUAUCACUUUUUGGAUAAAUCAAUCUUUAAUAAUUAGAGCCACGAUAAAUUUUCUUUUCUUAAAAUAUUUUCGACGUUCCUUUCAGCGUUCAUUGUGAAUAAAAAAAAAAUUGAAAGGAUUUUUGAAGAAAAGAGAAGAAAUGGCUUUUCUUAAAAUUAAUAUCAAAAGAAAACGUUUUUCAAGUGUUGGAAUUCAUAUAAUAAGCGUGCAAAAAUUGUAAAGCACAUUUUUCAUAAAUAUACAUGUAUAGUAUAUAAAUAUAUAUACACUGAACCCUGCGCAAGUUCAAUAAAGCGCACGCUCUGCAAUCGCAGCAUCACAGUUCAAUCUUUGCUCAGUACCAAAAUUUCUUACGCUGAAAGAAGACAGGUCACAUACAAUUUUUUCGUAUAGGGACCUCUCUUUUACAAUCAUGAUUAUAUUCUACUAUAAUUGUUAGAAUAGAAUUCUUGGAAUUUUUACAUUUUUCAUUGAAAAUUUAAUGACAAGAAGAAAAAAAGAAGAAGACAAAAAUAAAAAAAAAACAAUAAAUAAUAUGUUCAAAUUAAAAAAUAAUUUUAAUAUAAUAAUUGUAUAAAUAAUAUUGUGAAUGAGGCAAGUGUCUAUGAGCUGUUAUUACAAUGGCAGACGACCAUAUGUACGAUGAUGAGGAACUGGUGUCAUCAAAUCCAAAUCAAAGAAACUGGAGAGGAAUUUUAAUAGCUUUACUUGUCAUUAUCGCCGUCCUAGCCCUUAUUGUCACAUCUGUCGCACUUCUAACACCUCCAGAUGAUUCCACUCGAAUAAAAGGAGAUCCUUUAACAUUUGGACAGUUGGUGAAGGACUACUUAUUACCCAAGUUCUUUAACGGCACUUGGAUGAGCAAUCAACACAUAUGCUACGGCGAUUAUUAUGGUGGCAUCUCGUUAAUGGAUGUUUCCGAUCCUAAUAGCACUGCACGAAUUUUAAUGCCAAAAGAAAUAGUCGGAAGUUUGAAUCCUGCAAAAUUCUUUCUCUCGCCGGAUCAUAGAUAUUUAUUGUUAGCUAAAAACGUGAAGGAAUUAUUUCGAUAUUCAUAUUGGGCUCAAUAUACAAUCUACGAUGUCAAUACGCAUGAUACGAUACCAUUAACUCCAUAUCCUGAAAAGGAUCCUCAUCCUUAUUUAAUGAUGGCAAAAUGGACACCCCGUGGUCAUGGUAUCGUAAUGAUACAAGAUUAUGAUAUUUACUACAAAACUGGUCCUUUAAGCAAUAUGGCAUAUCGCGUGACCAACACUGCAGUACCUGGUAUUUUAUCCAAUGGAUUACCUGAUUGGCUGUAUGAAGAAGAAAUAUUACAUAGUGCAGAGGCUGUAUGGCUAUCCAAAGAUGGACAUAUGAUGCUGUAUGCCUCGUUUAACGAUUCUCUUGUUAAGGAAGUGCAUAGUGUUAAAUAUUUAGAUAAUCAAUAUCCCACGAUGCGACAUUUACGAUAUCCGAAGCCUGGAACACCCAAUCCUACUGUUAAUCUUUACGUUGCCGAUCUUGCCGAUCCAAAGAAUAUUAAUACAAAAUUAGUCAGACCACCGACUCUUAUUCUCAAUCACGCAGAUUAUUAUUUUACCACCGCUUCGUGGAUAUCACUAACGGAAGUGUGCAUUACUUGGACUACGCGGAGGCAAAAUAUAUCCAUUGUUUCCGUUUGUAAAAGUCCAUUAUGGCACUGUCAGGAAAUACAGAGGAUAGGAGGUGAAGGUAGAGGUUGGGUGGACACUCCAGCCGAAACACCACUUUUCUCAUUUAAUGGAAGUAGCUAUGUGACAAUUGCUCCUGUUCAAAGUGGAUCGGCAGGAUAUUUUAAGCACAUUGUAUGGGUGAAUGUACUAAAAAAACAAGUUGUGCCUUUAACGCAUGGAAAAUUUGAAGUCGUCAAGAUACUCGCCUGGAAUCAAAAUAAUGAAACAAUAUAUUUUAUUGGCAUACCGCCUUCACAUCCAGGGCAACGACAUCUCUAUCGUGUGAGUUCAGUGCCACAGCAAGGUGGCAAGGUGCAUUCAGCAGUUUGUAUCACUUGCACCGAUUCAUCCAAAGUGGAGAAUCGUUACGCACUCGCUGAGGGACAAAAUAAUAUUCAUCAUCCGGAAAUAAAUGACGAUUGGGUUAAUAAAAAUGACUGGAAUCAUCAGACAAUUAAUUUAGUCAAAAAGGAAGAACAUACCUUGCGCAAUGAACGUAAUAAUGAUUUAGAGAAUAAGACGAAUCAUCAAAAUGAAUCAAAAAAUCAAGUAGCUUGUCAAUAUCACAGUGCAAUAUUUUCGCCAAGUUAUGAAUACUUUGUGUUGGAAUGUCAUGGACCCUGCAUUCCUUCAGUGUCUUUGUAUAAAACAGAAAUGCCAGCGCCUCGAUUUAUUGCUUUACUUCAAAAUAAUUCCUUACUUCAUGAAAGACUUGCUAAAGUAGCUCUUCCACAAAUAAAAACAUUUCCCGUUCAGAUAAGCGGCGGCUAUGAUGCUCAGGUGAAGCUUCAUUUGCCGCCAGGUUUGCGGGACGAAGAAAUCACUCGCUACCCAAUGGUUAUCCAAGUAAAUGGCGCACCAGGGGCACAAUCAGUGAAUGAAAUGUUUAAAAUCGACUGGGGAACAGUGUUGGCAAGUGAAAAAAAUAUGAUUGUCGUGGAAAUUGACGGCAGAGGAAGUGGUGGACAAGGUUAUCAAUUGAUGCACGAAGUGUACCAUCGAUUGGGCACCGUUGAAGUCGCCGAUCAACUUGAAGUCACAGAAUAUUUACGCGACUCCCUACAUUUUGUCGACAAACGUCGAGUUGCAAUUUGGGGUUGGAGUUACGGUGGUUUUGUGGCAGCUCACGCUUUAGCCGUUCCUGAUCAAGAUGUCUUCAAUUGUGGCAUCAGUGUCGCUCCCAUUGUCAAUUGGGAAUUAUACAAUUCGGUUUACACCGAGAGAUACCUAGGAUUAUUGAAUAAAUCCGAGGCCAAUUAUAAGGGCUAUCAAGACGCAAACCUGUGUAAUAAAUUCAAUUCCCUGAGCGAACAGGAGCAGGAGAAGCCAAGGGAUACCGAAAAGCCGAAAAAAAAGAAACAAAAGAAAAUGUUUUAUUUGGUGCACGGAACAAGUGACAAUAAUGUUCAAUUUCAACAUUCAAUGACUCUUGCUAGGCAUCUGGCCAAAAAGGAUAUAUUAUUUCAACAACAGGUGUAUCCAGACAGUGGGCAUCAUUUAUCAACAUACAAGAAACAUUUAUAUGAAUCAAUGGCGAAUUUCUUGAAUGAAUGUUUUCAGAAACAAGUACCUGUAGAAACAAAGUCUGGUUUAAGUAGCGGUGGCUCUGUUCUCGAUGACGAUGAUGAAAAUGAUAAUAAGGCACUCUGAAAGAAAAAGGCUUAAAAUCAAUAAAAUGUACAGUACAUAACGUGCAAUCUUAAAUAACGUCUCCGAACUGUGUUCCGUUCAAAUAUAUAGGAAAAUAACAAAAAUGAAAAAAAGUAAGAGAAGAAAAUAGGUGCGUAAUUUUUUUCAAUUUUCUCUCUCUCUCUCUCUUUCUCUCUCUUUUUCGUGAGAAAAAUUUCCAAUAAUACCAAUUCUAAAUUGUAAAUAUUAAUAAUCGCGCUAAUUGGUUUGCUUUUAAAAUCAAUUAUAAGAUAAAACUAAUUAUAUAUCUAGAUAAUAUGAAAAAAAAUUGCCUUCGAGCUGAAGUAGAAUUUUUUUUUUAUUUUUUUCGAAUCAGAUAUAAAGAAGUGCGAACAAUAUUAUCGUGAUUAACAAUCAUAAAAAUUUUCGAAUUUCUCGAAAAUUUGUUUGCUGUAAAAAUUUCUUGAAGAACAGUAUUUAAGAGAUGUUCCUUUAAGCGCAGUAGAUAUUAGGUGAACUUGUAAUUUACUAAAUAUGAUUGUUAUAGAUUUUUUUCUAAUAACAUUUUUCCCGCUUUAAAUAGAAAAAGUAAAAAUAGAAUUCGCAAUCGAAAAAAAAG